AUUUUAUGGAACAAAAAUAAGCUUGAGAUGAGAGUGUGGGAGUAUAUAAGAAGGUAGCUAGCUAGCAUAUCAUGGAGCUAGCUAGGUAUAUAUAGUAUACGAACCCCCCAAAAAAGAGAGAGAGAGAUGGGGAAGGGGAGUAGUAGUAGUAGGAGAGCAAUAGGGGCAAUGGUGAUAAUACAGAUGAGCUGUACGGGGAUGACCCUUCUCUCCAAGUCUGCCAUGUCCAGAGGCUUCAAGCCUUCCAUCUUUGUCGCCUACCGUCAGGCCUUCGCCUCUCUCACUCUCGCUCCCUUCGCCCUCUACUUCGAAAGACAAAAUCCUACUCCUCUCUCUCUCAAAAUGCUAUGCAAGAUCUCUGUCGUUUCCUUGUGUGGAGUGAACUUGAGCCUGAACCUGUUUUAUGCGGGGCUGAGCUAUGUGUCUGCAACAUUUGUUACCGCUGUCACCAACACCAUCCCUGCCCUUGUUUUCCUCUUCGCCCUUUCUCUCAGGUUGGAAAGGGUGGCGAUAAGCAAAAGUGACGGGAAAGCAAAAGUGGCGGGGUGCACAUUGAGCCUGAUAGGGGCCAUGGUUUUAACUUUGUACAAAGGCCCUCUCCUAUACCCAUUAACCACGUCCACUCCUACUACUACUAAAGGAGGAAUAAUGGGCGGCCAAAACCGGUCGUCCAACAUCAUUUCAGCAGCACCUGCCCCGCCGGCUGGAACCACAACCACCUCUAGUAGUAAAGAAGAAGAUUGGAUAAGAGGGUCUCUUCUUAUCCUCGCUGCCAACGUCACUUGGUCACUCUGGCUUAUCAUGCAGGGUCCGAUGAUGAAACAAUAUCCGGCAAAGCUAAGGCUGGUAACGCUUCAGUGCUGCAUUUGUUGUGUGAUGUCUACAGCUUGGGGCGCCUUUGUGGAGAGAGAGGACUUGUCCUCUUGGAAACUUGGCUGGGACCUCAACCUUCUCUCCGUCGCUUACUGUGGUAUAGGGGUGACAGGGAUAUCCUAUUGGCUACAAGCAUGGGUUGUGGAGAAGAAAGGCCCUGUUUUCGCAAGCAUGUUCACUCCCUUGGCCCUAUUACUCACCGCCUUCUUUUCUGCCCUCUUCUUCAAGGAUACCCUCUACUCCGGCUGUGUGUUGGGGGCAGCUUUGCUGGUGAUUGGUCUGUACGGCUUUUUGUGGGGGAAGAAAAGGGAGGAGAAGGACCAAAACAACGCUGUUAACAAGUCCAACGAUCCACCGCCCAAACAAGAAUUGGACGACAAUGUUCGGCCCGCUUCUAUUGGGCCGGAGCUGGAAAAACCCCAAACUAGAUGCUGCGCCAUUUGACCCAACCUCACUUUAUAUACACUGCUCCCUGUUUAAAUUUGUAUCCCAGUCUAUCGGAGCAAGUGGUUAUAGUAAUCUCAGAAUGGGCCGCCGGCGCGGGCUGAUUAACAAUAAGAUAAUGCAACUUUGGUUGACCAAUUCGU